AUGCCUUCCAAGAAGCGAAAGAUAUCAGACCUCACAAUCGAAGACACGAGUAGGUUAUUCCUUGCCUUGAAUACUUUUCAGGACAAUUUGGACGAAACGGAACUUCUCCCUUCCCUGAAGAAGCUUGCAGAAAAGCUGCAAACUAGGCGCACGCAGCAUAUAUAUUUUCCUGAUCAAGUCAUUUUCAACCAACUUGGUAUUCGGUCAAAACCUUUGGUCCUGCGUGUUGACAAGCGCAGGGAGAUAGACUCUCUUGGUCUCGCACAAACUGAGGUUCCUACGCUUGAUUCGCAACUGUGUCUCCAAAGUGGUGAGCUCAAUGAAGCUGCCUCUCGCAUAUUAAUGAACAUGUUCUUACUACGCUUGGCUUCCGUUAUACGCAAUGAAGAGACAGAGGUCAACAUCAUCCCAGACUUUCCGAUCUCAAAAACUACAUUUCAAGGACAUUCUUUUGACAGCGUUGUCGACUUUUUGGCGAUCCCGGCCCAUUCGGAAUACACUGACUUGCUGCUCGAUACUCCUGUCGCUGCACUCACAUCUCAUAACUUCACGUAG